AUGGAAAUUGUCACUGCACCUGUGAGUUCCAUUUCUGAGAUUAUUUUCAACCGUUUGUUUGAUGCAGCAGGCGGUUGGAUUGGUUACCUGCUUAACUACAAUGACAACAUCGAGGCAUUAAGAAAGCAAGCUCAGAAACUCAAGGCUACUAGAGACAGCAUCCAAGUGAGAAUUGAUGCUGCUGAAAGAAACAGAGAAAAUAUCUUACCUGAUGUCCAAAAUUGGAUAUCAGAAGUUGGUAAAGUCAACGAAGAAGCUGAAAAGUUUUUAGAUGAUGAAGGCAAUGCAAACAAGAUGUGCUUCAGAGGGUGGUGCGUCAAUCUCAGAUUGCGUUACCGGUUCAGCAAGGUGGCAAAACAGAAGAUAGCAGUGAUCACUCAGCUCCAAGAAGAUGGAAAAUUCCAAACUCUAUCUAAGCCUGCUCCUCCUCCUUCAGGAAUUAUCUCUCCAACUGUGGGAUUUUCCAGAAUUUUAGAAUCCAGAGAAUCAAUCAAGAAUGAAAUUAUGGAGGCCUUGAAAGAUGACAGGGUCAGCAUAAUUGGAAUAUGUGGGAUGGUGGGUGUGGGGAAGACCACACUAGUGAAACAAGUUGGCAAACAAGCUAAAGAAGAGAAGUUGUAUGAUUCAGUAGUUCUGGUGGUUGUGUCUCAAAGCCCAAAUAUCAUGAAUAUUCAAGCCGAAACUGCUGAAAUGCUAGGUCUGACUUCACUCUCGGUUAACUCUAAAUCAGCAAGAGCAAGUUCCCUGUGGGAGCGAAUUAAGGAGGAACGAAUCCUCAUAAUAUUGGAUGAUAUUUGGAAAAAAAAUUCAAUUAGAGGAGAUUGGCAUUCCUUUUGGGAAAGACCAUGGAGGUUGUAAGAUCGUGCUUACCACUCGAAGGAAAAAUGUAUGCGAUCAAAUGGGCUGUGACAAGACAUUUACUAUUGGAACUUUGACGAAACAGGAGUCAUGGGCGCUAUUCAAGGAGCAUGUUGGAAUGAAUGUUGAAAAUUCUAUUAUAAGCUCAAUCGCAAGAGAAAUAACCACUGAAUGUGAUGGUCUACCGAUUGCAAUUGUGACUGUAGCCAGGGCACUGAAGAACAGGGGCAUGUAUGAGUGGCGUGAUGCUUUACAACAACUUAAAAGGUCUACAUCAACAAAUAUUGAAGGAAUGCAUGAAAAUAUUUCGUAAUUCCUGUUGAAGUCUUAGUGAGAUACGGAACAGGAUUGAGAUGGUUCAAAGACUUGGGGACAAUUGAAGAUAUUAG